CCAAUCCAGAAAGUGUUUAUCAAGGCUUCAUUAAACCUGAGCAGCAGUUGAAGUGAGAUUUUCCCAUCAGACUGGGCGCUUUUCAGAGUGAUUAAAAACAUUUCAAAACGAUCAGGCAUGAAAAUCAUACUCCACGCUUUUAGUUAUUGGAAAAACGCACGAUUCUGCCACUCUGUUUGACUCAGGGGUCAGCAGGAAACGGCUGAGCUUUGAUCACCAGCUGGACGCUGCUGUUACAUAAACGGUCAUGAAGGAGGGAUCAGGAGAAAGAGGGAUUUCCUCUCGGGGAAACUUCACUCACUCUUACAGAAACACGGGAAAGCUGCGGUCGGGAAUCUGCCUCCUGAAGCCRAGGUCUGACCAUGACUCAAGCUGACCAGGGACAGAUUCCUGACCUUACGGACAGUCAUGUUGGGUGUCGUCCUCCUCCUGCUCUCCUCCUCCUCCUCCUCUCCUGGGGUCACGGUUCCUCCUCCCAACGCUCCCUGCAGUAGAUGCUGUGACCACAUGCCGCCAGCAGAGGGCAGCGGAGAUCCUCCGACACGGGCGGAGUUCGGCCAGGUCCCGGAGAUUCGCACCCACAUCGACAUGACUAUACUGAAAGGUGACAAAGGAGAUCGUGGGGAUAGAGGAACCCCAGGGAAAGUUGGACACGAAGGCCCUCCAGGGGCCCAAGGCGUGGCGGGGUCAAAGGGCAGCAAAGGCCACGCGGGUCCUCCGGGAGACCCCUGCAAGCUUCCGCACUCUGCCUUCUCCGUGGCUCGCCGGAAGUCCCUGCACAGCGACGACGCCUACCAGGCGGUGGUCUUCGACACGGUCUUUGUCAACCUCGACGGCGACUUCGACAUGUUACUGGGGAAGUUCCUCUGCCGGGUCGCCGGGGUCUACUUCUUCAACGUCAACAUCCACACGUGGAACUUCAAGGAGACGUACCUGCACAUCAUGCAGAACGACACGGAGCGGGCCAUCGUCUACGCCCAGCCCAGCGACCGCUCCAUCAUGCAGAGCCAAAGCGUCAUGCUGGAGCUGCGGCCGCGCGACGCCGUGUGGCUGCGCCUGUUCAAGAGGGAGCGCGAGAACGCCAUCUACAGCGACGACGUGGACGUCUACAUCACGUUCAACGGAUACCUCAUCGAAGCCGGCGAGGAGUGAGAGAAACAGAGGGACAUUUCGGUGACGCGUUUUGAAAAUGGAGUUAAUUUGCUUAAGUGUUCACGCCGUUUUCACAUUUUGCCAACUUACAGCCUCAAACUUCUCUAAAUCUCGCGAUAAAACAGUAAAAUUUUUCUUGCCUGGCAUGUCUCAACAAAAUGUGCAUCAUAACGACUAAAACUCCAUCAAUCUUCCGUGUUUAAGGAAAUAAUUCCUUCAGCAAACGAGUAUUUUUGGCAUAGUUUCUAGUGUAAAUAUCCUCGUGCACUUAAAAUUAAGACAAAACUAACUUUUCAGCACCACAGAGGAGCUUGUU